GUGUCGUCUUGGGAGCUGCACGGCAGCUCUGCCCAGGGCGAUCUGGUAAGAAACCGCCUCCUGGCCAGGACCCAAACAAAACACGGCCUUAACUUUGCCCUGUGCGUGUGCUGGCUUGGGGCUGGUAAAAGUCCGUGGGAGCCCUUAAACGGGUCAGUCUGGGAGGAGCUGUGCCCGUGGACAUGGGGGCCAAGCUGCUGUGGCUCUUCCUCACCUCUGCCCUCCUUGCUUACUACAUCUACACCCCCAUCCCCGAGGACAUCGGGGAGCCCUGGAAAGUGAUGCUUCUCUCUGCCGGCUUCAGGACCAUGGGGCACCUGGCUGAGGUCAUGGAUCAGCUGGGCCUGAUGCACUACAUGGAGGUUCUGACGCUGAUCACGGCCGCCGAGUACGUCGCACCCACGUCUGAUGAAAACGUCACCGUGAUGGACACGGAGUUCAGCAACGUUGCCGUCCGCCUGUACCUGCCCCGGAGGGUGUCCGAUGGCCCCAGGAGGGCCGUGCUCUUCUUCCAUGGCGGAGGGUGGUGCCUGGGACAGGCAGGCAUGAAAUCCUACGACCAGCUGUCAAGGUGGACUUCAAACUUGUUAAAUGCUGUCGUGGUAUCGGUCAACUACAGGUUGGCACCUAAAUACCAUUUUCCCACCCAGUUUGAGGAUGUGUAUUCGGUAACGAAGUUCUUCCUCCAGAGCAGUGUCCUCUCCCAGUACGGGGUGGACCCGGAUCGGGUCUGCGUGGCAGGAGACAGUGCAGGUGGCAACUUGGCUGCAGCCGUGGCACAACAGCUGUUAGCGGACGCUGAAGUCAAAACUAAACUCAGAGCCCAAGCUUUGAUUUACCCUGCUCUUCAACCCCUUGACCUGAAUUUGCCAUCUUACCAAGAAAAUGCAAACAAGCCCAUUUUAUCCAAGUCACUUAUGGUCAGGUUCUGGAGUGAAUAUUUCACUUCUGAUUCGUCUCUCCGGGAAGCCAUGGCCCUCAACAGGCACGUCCCGGUUGAAUACAGCCACCUCUUCCAGUUUGUAAACUGGAGCGCUUUGCUGCCUGCGGAGCUGAAGAAGGGCCACGCUUACACCAGUCCCACCUUCGGGAGCCCCGAGCUCGCGCACAAGUACCCGGGGUUUCUGGACCCGCGGGCGGCCCCGCUGCUGGGGAGCGAUGAGCGGCUGCGGGGGCUGCCCCCCACCUACGUCCUCACCUGCCAGCACGACGUCCUGUGGGACGACGGCGCCAUGUACGUGGGGCGCCUGCGGGCCCUGGGUGUCCCCGUCACGCACCAGCACGCUGCCGACGCCUUUCACGGGGCCAUGACGUUUGUCUUGGGUCCAGCCAAGUUAGCUGUAGGGCAGCGGCUGCUCAGCAGCUACAUCGAGUGGUUAAACGAGAACCUGUGAGCUGGGAGCGUCGCCUCGUCUGCCCGGCUGGCGUGUGACUGAGGAGGGAGGAGAGCAGGAGCUGUGUGAGGUUUGGGGCGUGAUCCCCUCCGCGUUGUGUCCCCCGGAGGCGUCUGCGUUGCAGCCUCUCAUCUUCCCUGGCAGGAAAGCCAGUCUGAUUGUAACCCCGCCUGUCCUUUCAGUGCUGUUGGCUGAGCUGGGAGCCCCACGAAGGGCCGGGACUGCCCUGGGAUUUCUCUCCUGGCCCAGACCAGAAGGGUUGGUGUGCCCGACCCUGCCCCACGCUGCCUGGGCUUGUCCAGCGGCAGCUUGGCACGGUGCCUGCGCCUCAACGGCCUGUCGGCCGCCUCUUGUCUUCCUGUACCAUGUCCCCAUGUCCCAGCCUUGUGCAGACGGGCUGGGCUGCCGCUGGCACACGGGAGGUGCUCAGGGCCGUCGGGUGAUGCGGCGAGCAGAGGUGGAGGGACCUGGUGCUGUGAAACCUCUGCCCGUCGCACACAGCUGCCGGGUUUGUGCUGUCGUCCCUCUGCAGCACAGCUCAAGGGAGGCACCGAAACAGAGGGGGAUGACUGCAACGGUGCAAGUGUUUGGGGUUUGGGGGUUUGGUUUUGUUCUGGUUUGGGUUUUUUUUCCUAGAAAGCAUCUGUCCUGGUAAUCACUUCCUUUAAUCCCUGUACUAGAAGGAAAUAGUGUAACAAAACAGCGCUGGAUAUUCAUCAGGGAAAGGGAGACUGAAGGUCCUAGCCUUACAACAGCACUGCUGCAUGGCUUAUGCUACUUAUCAAAUAAGGAUGUAUUACGUGUUCUAAUUAUCCUUAAAAUUCUUCUGCGUUUUAUACAUACGAAUUUUUAAAAACAGAUUUAGCUUAGUAGCUUUAUAGGCCUGAAAAAGAAACACGAUUCAGCUGUCAGUCUUGAACAAAUACCCUCUAUAUAAAUAUUAGGUGUAUUAAAUGUACACUCUAAAAAUGUUGAAUGAAUGCACACACUGGCUGGCUCUUGGUUUUGAACUGACCACAACACACCACAAACAUGUAUUUCUAGCGUCCUGCUUUUUAGUUUUGCAGAAAUGACACAAUCUUGAAGAACUGUGGUUUUUUUCCGAGUGUGUGCAGCCUGUUUAGGUGGAAUGUAUGUGGAAUGGUUGCUCUCUUUUUCUUCAUCUUUACAAUGUUGAAUAUAAAAAUUAAACUUGUCUUUGAUUCCAGUGCCAUGUACUUCUUGUCACUCAGGUAUCCCGUCUAUCGGAGAGGAGUAACAAGGUGCCUUUAGCACACAGCAGCUAUUGCGGACGGCAGGGCCCCAGCCCAGGGAGAUGUUGCUUUAUUUCUGCUGUUACUGUUGAU